ACAAACUAGAGGAGGAGAAAACAGCGCAAGCACCAGGGACUUCGCAGGCUGGGCUCUUUUGUACCUGUUUCUAUUCGUUUUAUACACUUUGUAUUCGACUGUUUUCCUAAAGCACUUUUACUACUUUGAUAUUCAGGCGUCGGGUUUUUUUUAUUUGUGUUUGAUUUCCUGUAACUAGCUUGGUAACAGUGUAAGGAAAUACCUCGAGUCUCGACGGUUCAGCAAAUAGAAACACAAACACAAAAACAGGUGAAUCGUCGGAGGAUAUUCAAUGCGACGCGACAGCUUGCCAUCGUGAUCCGAUAUCAGAAAACGACACGCAUCUAGAUUUAUUCACACGAUGACUGCUGUGCUGAAUAUCCAGAGGUUACUGGAAGCAGCCGAAUAUAUAGAAAGGAGAGAAAGAGAGAGUGAACACGGAUAUGCCUCGACCCUUCCGUCUGUUCAGCACUCCAGCUGCCAGAGACAAAGGAAACACCGAAAUAAAAAGUGCAGCAACAACCACAACAGGUCCACACACAAUGAGCUGGAGAAAAAUCGGCGAGCCAACCUUCGUUUGUGUCUGGAGCGAUUGAAGACUCUCAUCCCCCUGGGACAAGACUGCAGCCGCCACACCACUCUGGGACUGCUCAACAAGGCCAAAACACACAUAAAGAAACUGGAGGAAGCGGAGCGUAAGUCUCAGUAUCAGUUGGAGAGUUUGGAGCGAGAGCAGCGUCACCUCCGGAGGCGACUGGACCUGCUGCGGGGCGGCGGGGGCGUGCUGGAGGGCGUGCUUGAGGGCGUGCUGGAGGGUGAGAGGAUACGCACUGACAGUGUAGGCUCCACCCUCAGCUCCGAGAGAUCCGACCGCUCUGACUCAGACCAAGAAGAGAUGGAGGUGGAUGUGGAGAGCACAGAGUUCUCUCAUGGAGAGCUGGACAGCGUCAGCACAGCUAGCACCAGCGAUCUGGACGACCACAGCAGUCUACAGAGCACUGCCAGCGAUGAGGGCUACUCCUCCUGCAGCAUCAAACUGGCCUUCAGCUCAUAAAACGAGCUCCCCUUUAUACACACACACACACACACACACUAUCCCAACCCUCGAAGUGAGUCCUGCCUCCUACCCACCUUUCCCUCCUCGACCAAUCAGAGACUCUUAUUUAAGUCAGGUGACCAGAACACCACCCGCCCUAUAGAAUGCCUGAUGUGUUGUUUUAAGUUUGCGAAUGUAUCUGAGAGAAUAUGAGUGAGAUGGAAACAAUCUGUGAUUGUGAUUAUAAUUGGGUUAUUAGAUGGUUACAUUCCUGAAUAAGAGACUUUUCUGAUAAUUGUCAUUAUCCAAAUCCCCUUUUUCCGAAAGGAAAGCUAAGAUGUAUAAAAUAGAUGUUUAAUUUUUAAUUCAAACCCCUGAUUGUUAAUUCUCUACAUGAAUGGGUCGUGAACUGGAUCACCUGACAUGUUGUAACUCCAUAUCAACCCAAGAAACCCAAACCUGUUGAUUUUCUUCUCAUCCGGUCUAAUGGUUCUAACGUCGCUGCUCAACGGCGAUGAGGACUGUCAUUGGUGCUACGUGACAAAACCAAUAAAGCAGAAGCAUCUACUGCAUUCAUCAAAGACGACUUUUUGGUGCAUUAAACCGUGGAGCUACUUUCCACGCAGCAGCUAAAACCCAGCGAUCUUGCACUUGACCGCGUAGAGCCCUCCGUAGAACUGGCGCCACGUCAGAGAAAUAUCCACCUCUGUGUUUAACUAUAGAUGUCUCUCUUGGCAGAAGUAAGCAAUAAACUCUUGUAGUCAGAUCAACACAUUAGCACUCCUACUCCUGAGACACAACCCCUGUGUCCGUCCAAAAGAGCAACGCCAACUUGCUCGCUUUUGUACAUAAAUACGAUAGUUUAAUAAAUUAAAGUUAAAAUAAAAACUGAGUUGAAAAAAAGGUAGUUACCCAUGGGUAGAAAUUGCUGUAUGUCUUGUGUUUUGUGCAUUUUAAAUUAUAUUUUUGCAAAGAUUGACUAUCUUCCUCUUGAGAGUCUUUUGCGGUGGCAUGGACAGUAUUAUUUGUUCAUUAUGCUGGAUGAAACCUAAGUAGUUUCAAUUCUGUGGCUGCCCGAGGAAUUUGACGACUUUCUUUAAACAACCAACACACUGAAGUACUUAAAAUCGGACACACAAGAACGAGUGACCGCAGGCAGUGGUCGGUGGGAUGCCAAAGCGCGGACCUCUGUUUAAGGCAUGCUAACUCUGAGUGGCGCUCUUUAUUUAUUCGAUCUUCUGUUCAGAAUUGUAAUUGUUUUAAAGCUGAAAGGCAUUCCACUACUUGUGUCGUGUGCUGUGGAUGUGGAGCGGCGCAUGCGCCACGAAACUCUUGCUUCCCGCUGUACUGUAUGUUAAACUCGUUAAUUUCUUUAUUUUGUGUGAGAAGAAGCAUUCAGACUUGAUUAACUUUCCUCAAGUAACUUCGUAUUUAUCUUCUCCCCUUGAUCCGAAAUCGGAGGAAAUUAAGGGUUGGCUUAUUUCAUUCGUCAAAUCUUUGAUGGCAUUCCCCUCCCUUUUAGUUUCCUAAUUCUCUUCUAAACCGUAACCUCACUCCGUCUGUGAUUUAUUAUUUUUUAUUUUAUAUUUCCUCCCCAAAUGCAAAUUUAGUGCGUUUUAAAGCCAAGUCUAAUUUGUAAGCGUUCUGCCUGCAAUAGAGCAACACGGACAUCUGCUAGGUGUCCCGAUCCAGCACCAACCAAAUGAUUUUGGCUGCUGAACGGCCCCAUAUGUGUGGAGUAGUUGUACUUACCCCAGUUAAGAGUUUUAGUAUGGACUGUUUUAGUCGGGUGUAAAUUCAUUGUUUAGAACAAACUGAGGUGAACGUCACGGAGGCGUUUUUUUUCACGUGCGUUGGUGCUUCAUCAACCCCUGGCCAAACCUCUGCUGUCGUCCUCACAAGAGGACAUGUUGCUUUUGUCUUUUGUCUAUCCUUUUCAUUCAUAUUGUUUUAUUGGUUUAUGAAUAUGCACUAUUUAAAGCCAGGGCCCAUACUGAGAUGCCGGUGCUUUUAGUUUAGUUUUAUUUUAUUUAAUUUUUGAAGAGAAUGGACCGUGUCCUCUUGAGGCCACCGUGUACCGAUCCAGAUCCGAAUUCAACGACACUUCCCAGAGAAGUGGUGCUGGUCUGGGAUCAGCUCUCAGUCGCUCCGGAGGAAAAAAAAAAUGCUAAACGGAUCCUGAAACAGCAUCUGUGUUUUGUCAAGAGACAAAAAAACCGGG